AUGCUUCCCGACAUUCUCUUCAUCUCUCCCACCAUUAUCUCUGGCGCAGAAGACGCCAUCCCCUACCCCGCCGAUGUCCUCAUUUCUGCUGAUACCGGCCUCAUCACCACCAUCGCCCCGCCAUUUACCCUCUCGUGUCAGCUCUUAUUCGAGAGGUCGAAGGCGCGCGAGAGGGGUGAUAAAGUGCAAGAGGUAAAGGAGAUAGAAGCCGAGGGGCUGGUCCUUUGCCCGGGAUUUAUUGACCUGCAUGCGCAUUCGGAUCUGUAUGUGUUGACGCAUCCGGAUCAUAUAGCAAAGGUCUCUCAGGGAUGUACUACCGAAGUCCUGGGCCAAGACGGCAUUUCCUACUCUCCCAUCUCCUCUCCCUCGCAACUGACCGCCAUACGCUCCCAAAUCGCUGCUUGGAACGGCAACCCCAACCCUGCAGACUACCCAGAGGUGACGGGUUUGUUUGAGUGGAAGAGCACAGGGGACUAUUUGGAUUGUUUGGAGAGGAAUGGGGUGAGCGUCAACGUCUGUACGCUUGUGCCGCAGGGCAAUUUGAGGUUACUAGCCUGCGGACCAUGGGACAAGAUCGCCACGGCUGACGAGAUCGAGCAACAAGGCCAGCUGCUACGCAAAUCCAUGCGCGAAGGUGCCGUCGGCAUGUCUUCAGGCCUGACAUACACCCCGGGGAUGUACGCCUCCACCUCCGAGCUCUCCACCUUAUGUACCAUCCUCGCCCAAGAAUUCCCCGGAAGCUUCUAUGCGCCGCAUCAUAGGAGCUACGGGUACAAGGCGUUGGAGAGCUAUGGCGAGAUGUUGGGUUUGGCAAAGGAUACGGGGUGUGCUGUUCAUUUAACACACGCAACUUUAAACUUUCCCGAAAACACCUCGAAAGCCCCGCUCCUUCUCUCUCUCAUUGACUCCCACCGUUCCCUCGGGUGCGACAUUACCCUGGACACAUACCCUUACCUUCCCGGAUGCACCACUCUUUCUUCUCUGCUUCCUUCCUGGGCGUCUGCGGGCGGGCCGGAGGAGACGAUGAGGAGGUUGAAGGAUGAAGUUUGUAGGGAGAAGAUUAGGAGGCAGGUGGAGAUUGAGGGGUGUGAUGGGGGCCAUGGGAUCCCUACGGAUUGGGGAGUUAUUGCCAUCGGAUCCACCUCCAACCCGGCCCUAUCCCACCUCAACGGCCGGCUCAUCUCCGAAAUCGCCCGCUCCUCCUCCCUUCCGCCCAUCGCCGUUUUCUUUGACAUUCUGUUGCAAGACAAGCUGGGCACGAGCUGCGUGAUGCAUAUAGGCAAUGAAGAGAAUGUGCGGAUGAUUAUGGGGCAUGAGACGCAUUGUGCGGGGUCGGAUGCGAUCUUGCAUGGUGAGGGGUUACAUCCCAGGGCUUAUGGCACAUUCCCGCGCUUCCUAGGACACUACUCCCGCGACCUCAGCCUCAUCCCCUUACCCAACAUGAUCGCCCACAUGACCUCCCGUCCCGCCAAACGGCUCUCCCUCUUCCCCCUCCGCGGUCUGAUUGCCCCCGGCUCAUUCGCCGACAUUGUCGUCUUUGACCCAAAGACGAUCAAGGAUAAGAGUACGUUUGACAAACCGAAAGAGAGGGCGGAGGGAGUCAAGUGGGUUGUGGUGGGGGGCAAGGUGGUGGUUGGGGAUGGGGAGGUUUUGAAGGGUGUCAGGGGAGGGAAGGUGUUGAGGAGGAGGGAGGGCGGGAAGGUUUGGUGA